ACAGAAAUAAUCACUUUCAACUUGCCUUGCCUGCUUCUCUACAAAAACCACUCAAACAAUCAAAACACACUACACACCACACCACACCACACACACACACUCUUCUUUCUAUCUAAAAUGGCGGAAACACAACCGUUGCAAAAACCUUCCUACAUUUCCUUACAAGAACUUCAAAAACACAACAAACGUGGCGACGCAUGGAUCUCCAUCCAUGGCAAAAUCUACGACGUCUCUAAAUGGUCCAACCACCAUCCCGGCGGCGAACUUCCUCUCCUCAACCUCGCCGGUCAAGACGUCACCGACGCUUUCCUCGCUCUCCACCCUCCCACCGCUUACACCCACCUGAACAGAUUCUUCACCGGCAGCUACCUCUCCGACUAUUCCGUCUCCGACGUCUCACGUGAUUACCAGAAACUCUUCUCCGAACUCACCAAAAUGGGUCUAUUUGAAACUAAAGGACACGGUGUUUUACUCUUGCUUUCGUUAAUCGUUGUUAUGUUCUGUGUCAGUGUUUACGGUGUUCUGUUUUCACAAAGCGCGUGGGUGCGCGUGCUUUGUGGUGGUUUAAUGGGUUUUCUUUGGAUUCAAAGUGGUUGGCUUGGUCAUGAUUCUGGUCAUUAUCAAAUCAUGGUGAACCCUAAUUGGAACCGUUUUAUUCAGAUCCUUUCUGGUAAUGUUCUUGCUGGUAUAAGCAUUGAAUGGUGGAAAUGGAAUCACAAUGCACAUCACAUUGCUGUUAAUAGUCUUGAUUUUGAUCCUGAUCUUCAACAUUUACCAUUUUUUGUUGUUUCUUCAAAGUUCUUUACUUCCCUCACUUCUUGUUUUUAUGGUAGGAAAAUGAACUUUGAUUCUUUUGCUAGGUUCUUGGUUAGUUACCAACAUUGGAGUUAUUACCCUGUUAUGUGUUUUGCUAGGUUGAAUUUGUUUGCUCAAAGUUUCUUUUUGUUGUUGUCAAACAGGAAGGUUCCUAAUAGAAAGAUGGAACUUUUAGGGUUGCUUAUGUUUUGGGUUUGGUACCCUUUGUUGGUUUCUUGUUUACCUAAUUGGGGUGAAAGGGUUUUGUUUGUCAUUGCUAGUUUUUCUGUUACUGGGAUUCAACAUGUUCAGUUCACUUUGAAUCAUUUUUCUUCAAGUGUUUAUGUUGGUCCACCAACUGCUCAUGAUUGGUUUGAGAAGCAGGCUAAUGGGACUCUUGAUGUCAACUGUUCUUCUUGGAUGGAUUGGUUUCACGGUGGUUUGCAAUUUCAGAUCGAACACCAUCUGUUUCCAAGGCUUCCGAGGUGUAAUCUGAGGAAAAUUGCACCUUUGGUUAAGGAUCUUUGCAAAAAACAUAAUCUUCCUUAUAAUUGUGUCUCGUUCUGGAAGGCGAAUGUGCUUACGAUCCAGACUUUGAGGAAUGCUGCUUUGCAGGCUCGCGAUCUUACUAAACCGGUUCCGAGAAACUUAGUUUGGGAAGCUGUUAAUACUCAUGGAUGAAUGGAUUUUGAGUGAAGCUUACUGAGAUUUUGCUGUCAUUGACAAUUUGAAAGAAUAACUGAUCUGCAAAUUGCUUAGAGGCUUAGAUUCGAUCGCUCGUUGUCUCACUGAUCUUCCUUUCAAGAGAUAGGUAAAAGAGAAACUACUGAUACUAUGGUUUAUAGAUUUUUCUGUCUUGCUUUUGCUCACCUUCAUGAUUGAGAGUGAGAUGUAGGUGCAAUGUUUAGUUUUGUUUGAUUUACUAGUUUGAUUUCCUUAUGUGACCAUGAUUAUUUCUAGUACAUAACAAUUUGUGUUAUGCCUGGGAAUUCAUUGUUGUUUGGAGCAACAGAAAAAAAAAAACUAUAUGUUAAAUUCGAAAUGUUAAAUUUGAAUUCUCUGAAUUGCUUUUUGGCCAUUUCAGUUUGUUUGAACUUUUAGUUAUUGGUACAAGCAAACGGCUGCUGAUUGUUGCUUCUAUUGUGGAAUUAUAAGUUUCUUAUUUAUGAAA